AUGAAUGUUAACGAAAAUGUUACUUUUGAAAGUAAGACUGAAAUACCAAUAGCCUGUAGUCUACUUUCGAAUAUUCGUUGUCCAUCUGUGCUCGUGAAGAAACAAGCGUUGAUUUAUCUUUUGAAUAAUGCUGAUUCGCUUAAUUAUGCUACGGAAACUGGAGACGAAGGCAUUUCGGAGAGAAUUGUGGAUAGUAAUGAUAAAUAUGUAUUAUAUGACAGACCUGAAUUAGACCAGCCAGCAAAGUGCUUAUCAAUGGAUAUUACCACUCGUAAUGUACCUACAAAGUCUGGACACCCAUCUACUUUGAAUUAUAAUUUCCUAAAACAAGCCAUAAAAGAAGAUUUGGGUCAAGUGAGUGUGCAUAAUGCGUACCUUUUCCCACAAAGUUCGGCUAGUCUUAAGAAAACAAAUAUAUUCCAAUCUAGUAAAUUUAAAGCAAGAGAACUAAAUAAAAGGGUCUUAUCUGAGGAUGAAUUUCCAUCUGGUGAUAUUUAUCAGCAGCUCAUGGUUUCAAAAAUGUCCACAUGUCAUCAGAAACACAAAAAUAAAUUUUAUACUAGUCGAGCCAGCAAGUUAUUUACGAACCACGAUUAUGAUUGUAAAUUACCAUCUAGGCGUCGUAAUCAUACUAUUCAAACUAAAAGGUUCCAGUUAUGUUCCAAUUUUCCAAGAGUGAAUUUAUUUAUUCCUUUCCAUGAGGUUCAAGAAUUUCAACGCAUUCAAUAUCAAAAGGCUGCAAAACACAGAAUCGGUCGUCAGACUUAUCUGUGUACUACCCAGCUUGUUCAUUGGUUCCUAUCAUUACACAUUGUAAGGUGCAAUAUAUUCUUGCCAGUGGAUAGAGAUAUAACUUUGUGUACUCAAUCUGUCGUUUUGCAAGAUAUGCCAGCACCACUUACUUUGAUUGUGGCUAAUGCCAGCAGUGCAGAAGUUACUAGUUCUAAUGUUCCUAACGAAACAACUCAUUGUUCACAAAUGUAUUGUCUGAUCACUGAGAGUAGGUGUCAUUUUUCAAUCACGAACAGAUGUGCUUUUCAUGAGCUUGGUCAAAAACAGUUAUGCUCUAUUCAUCCAAUGAUAGCAUUUAGAGAAUCCUAUGUAUAUUUCAAAACCCUCAUUGUUGUUGAAUACUUCACACCUAGUCCAAUCAUUCAGUAUAAGCUAUUCACGAGUACUGUCAAUUCAUCGAAGUGUGAAAGCAUCUUAUUCAGAAAGUUGCUGGAUGUUAGACAGAAACAACUACAACAGAAAAGUCUAUGGACUGAUUGGUUUUAUCAUUCGGCUAUGACAACAUUUUCCUUUAUAGGCGCUAGUCUAAGCGUUAACGGACUGAAUUCUGAUGACUACUCAUCAUUCAUUGGUUUACUCCUUGCACUGACAACAUGCGGCUGUAUAUGCUUGUAUAAGAAUUUCAGUUACACUAUAUGA